AUGGCUAUUGCCUGUCAAAACCCUUUCUACUCUUCUCUCUCUUCCUCUCCUUCAUCUUCUUCUCUCUCUUCUUCACUCUCUUCUCAAUUCUCUUCUCUCUCUUCUUUGUUGAGUUCAAAGAGAGGCAGCAGCGCAUGGAUCUCGAUGUCUAGGCACAGGGUGUCGCCAUUGUCGAGCUUGAAACUUUUAGAAGCUGAGGUGAAGAGGAGGACUGCUCCAUCUUUGGAACCUUACAUGAAUCAUAUCCAGAUUUGCAACAGUGGUUUGGAAAAGAAGGCUUUUCUCCUCCCAUUUGUUUUUGAUGGCCAAGUGAUUGGUUACAUACACCCAAAGUUCGCAGAGCAUCUUGGUGAUUUCGAAGAGGUAUUAGAUGUUGAUAAGAGCGGGGGAUGGCGACGGGAGAGAUUGAAAUUGAGGUUGAAUCCGUCGUUUGAGACGCGAGAAGAAAGAAGUGAUGCAAUGGAUUAUGUUGCUAAAGAGUUGCAUAAGAAAGGAUUACUGCCAAAGCCUCAUGGAGAGGCUUGGAUGUGA